AUGCAGCGCGCUGACUCGGAGCGUCCCUUCAAGCGGUCCCGAUGCAAUGGCAGCCCAGGAACCCCACCAAACAUCCAUACCGCAGCUGCAGAGCCAUCCCAGAACCCCGAACUUCACCCCAACCACCAGACCUGGGACCCGGAGCAGGUGUGCGCCUUCCUAAAGCACAUUGGCUUCAGUGACCCCCUGCUGCAGACCAGUUUUCGAGAAAAUAAAAUCACUGGUUCACUACUGCCAUUUCUUGAUGAAUCUCUCCUUGAGAAUCUUGGAGUAAGUUCCUUAGGAGAAAGAAAGAAGCUGCUUCAUUAUAUCCAAAGCCUGAGUCAAACAGAAAUUGUUACAAUGAAGGUUAUUAAUGAUCCUAUCCAUGGCCACAUUGAGCUCCACCCUCUCCUCAUCCGAAUCAUCGACACACCGCAGUUUCAGCGACUCCGAUAUAUCAAACAGUUGGGAGGCGGUUACUAUGUUUUUCCAGGAGCUUCACACAACAGAUUUGAGCAUAGUCUGGGGGUGGGGUAUCUAGCAGGAUGCUUAGUUCGUGCGUUGCAUGAAAAACAACCAGAGCUGCAGAUAAGUGAGCGAGAUAUGCUCUGUGUGCAAAUUGCUGGGCUUUGUCAUGAUCUCGGUCAUGGACCAUUUUCUCAUAUGUUUGAUGGAAGAUUUAUUCCACUUGCUCGCCCAGAAGUAAAAUGGACGCAUGAACAGGGCUCAGUGAAGAUGUUUGAGCACCUAGUUGAUUCUAAUGGACUCAGAGAAGUCAUGCAACACUAUGGACUCAUCCCUGAAGAAGACAUUUGUUUUAUCAAAGAACAAAUUAUAGGACCUCUUGAAUUUUCAUUGCAAGAAUCCUUGUGGACCUAUAAAGGGCGUCCUAAAGAGAAAAGCUUCCUCUAUGAAAUAGUGGCUAACAAGAGAAAUGGCAUUGAUGUGGACAAGUGGGAUUAUUUUGCCAGGGACUGCCAUCAUCUCGGAAUCCAAAACAAUUUUGAUUACAAGCGCUUUAUUAAGUUUGCCCGUGUCUGUGAAGUGGAUGAGAAGAAGCAUAUUUGUACUAGAGAAAAGGAAGUUGGGAAUCUGUACGACAUGUUCCACACACGCAACUGCUUGCACCGUAGAGCUUACCAACACAAAGUUGGCAACAUCAUCGACACAAUGAUUACAGAUGCUUUCCUCAAAGCAGACGCCUACAUAGAAAUUACAGGUGCCGAAGGGAAAAAGUACCACAUUUCUACAGCAAUUGAUGACAUGGAAGCUUUCACUAAACUGACAGAUAACAUUUUUCUGGAGAUUUUAUAUUCUAAUGAUCCCAAAUUGGAUGCAGCACGAGAGAUUUUUAAAAAAAUUGAAUGCCGUAAACUAUACAAAUAUGUGGGUCAGACUCUUCCACCAGUAGGACGUGAAAAGAUUAAAAGGGAAAACUAUAAAUGCCUUGCACAGGAGGUUGCUGAUGCUAAACCUAAUGUACUGCUACAAACUGAACUGAAGGCUGAAGAUUUCAUAGUGGAUGUUAUCAACAUGGACUAUGGAAUGGAAGAGAAGAAUCCUAUUGAUCACGUCCAUUUCUAUUAUAAAAAUGAUCCCAACAAAGCAAUCAGGAUUGCCAAAGAUCAGGUUUCCCAACUUCUGCCUGAGAGGUUUGCAGAGCAGCUGAUUCGAGUAUACUGUAAGAGGACUGAUAAGAAGAGUUUGUAUGAUGCACAACAACAUUUUGUUCAGUGGUGCUCAGACAGAGGCUUCACCAAGCCGCAGAUGCUGAUGCUGUAG